CUGUCUCUAUCUCUUCUUUCUCCUGCAGGCUCUCUCUAUCUCUCUGUCUUCUCCCACCCAAGAGACGGCCAUGGCGUCCCAAAUCCUCAGACGCGUUCUACGGGGCCGUCAAGCCCAGCAGAUAUCAACUGCCUUAAUUGAAAAUCCUUCUUCACCGAGGCUUCUUUCGUCCCCUUUUCGAGCUCCAUCGUCAGCUGCCUAUUCCACUCAACCAAUCCGGGCCACUCUUUUUCCCGGCGACGGAAUCGGUCCUGAGAUCGCCGAAUCCGUUAAGAAGGUAUUUGCUGCAGCUGAAAUACCCAUAGAAUGGGAAGAACAUUUUGUGGGGGACAAAGUAGACCCAAGAACAGAGAGCUUUCUGACAUGGGAAAGUUUGGAAUCUGUGCGUCAAAAUAAAGUUGGGUUAAAGGGGCCCAUGGCUACACCAAUUGGGAAAGGACAUAGAUCUUUGAACCUUACUCUAAGGAAAGAACUUGGUCUUUAUGCUAAUGUCAGACCUUGCUAUAGCCUUCCUGGCUACAAGACGCGAUAUGAUGAUGUUAAUCUUGUCACAAUCCGGGAGAACACUGAAGGAGAAUAUAGUGGUCUUGAACAUCAAGUGGUGAGAGGUGUCGUUGAGAGUCUCAAGAUUAUAACCCGCCAAGCAAGUCUCAGAGUGGCGGAGUAUGCUUUUCACUAUGCCAAGGCCAAUGGAAGGAAGAGGGUGUCUGCCAUCCACAAAGCCAACAUCAUGAGGAAGACCGACGGUCUUUUCCUUAAGUGCUGUCGUGAGGUCGCGGAGAAGUAUCCUGAGAUAACCUAUGAGGAAGUCAUCAUCGAUAACUGUUGUAUGAUGCUUGUUAAAAACCCUGCUCUCUUUGAUGUACUGGUGAUGCCUAACCUUUAUGGAGACAUCAUCAGUGACCUCUGUGCUGGCUUGGUUGGAGGUUUAGGUUUGACUCCCAGCUGUAACAUUGGUGAGGGAGGUAUUGCUCUAGCGGAGGCUGUCCAUGGUUCAGCACCAGAUAUUGCUGGGAAGAACCUUGCAAAUCCAACGGCCUUGCUGUUGAGUUCUGUUAUGAUGUUACGGCAUUUGGGACUGAAUGAUAAAGCUGAACAAAUCCAUGAUUCUAUCAUCAAGACAAUAGCAGAAGGGAAGUACCGAACAGUUGACCUUGGAGGCACCUCUUCAACCACAGAUUUUACAAAAGCAGUUUGUGACAAUCUUUGAAACUCGUUUAGUUUGAUUCAAGUGUUACGGUUGAUACAACCAAUUGUCAUCAGCUGCCGACCAGUGCAGCCAAAUUUUUGUUAUUUUUCAUUUUCCCUUUUUUUUGUUACUCCCCUCUCCUUUCCCACCAUUUUUUUAAUGGUUCUGUUAUAUUUAAGCUGGCAUUGAACAUUUGAUUGGACCAGAACAAGUUGAGCUCUGGACUCAAUCUAAGCUCACUGCCGGUAAAUUCCAUCACUGAGUGUAUAAGUAUAACCAAAGAAGUGAACCAACAUGGAUUAUUUAAAUAUUCUUUGUACUUUCCUCUUUGGGAGGUGGUUUAGCUUCA